UCAAAACGCUGUAAUUAACUAAAAUAUAAUUCGACUAAUUAACUAAAAUUUACUUCAUUUUUUUUUCUAACAAAACCUAACAUUAUUGUUUUUGUAUUGUUUUUGGACAAAAUGCUCGGGAUGUAUUUUUCUAUAAAAAUGGAGUAAAAAACGUUAUUUUAGAAGUGAUGUAAGGUUGAUUAUGAAAUUUUUUCUUCUUUUUAUUUCGUUACUUAUACAUUCUCAUUACGCAAAGAAUUUCAGUCAGCUUAUUAGUCAAAGAAAAUCAAAAAGGCAUGAGAUUAAAGAACUUCAUAAAAGAUCUAAAGCAUACAGCUCGGUUCAAAACAUACCUGAAAACCCUUAUUCUCCCUCAAAAAAGUAUUCCUUAAUCAUAACAUCUGACAGCCCAACUGAAGAUCUUGAUAUAAAAAACAACACAAAUUCGGCAAAUUUUGUAGAGAACGCAUUUAUUAGAGAGAAAACAAUCAAUGUUCUUCCUGACGAAAAUAAAUCAACACAUUUAAAACGGAUUAAGAAAAAACCAUCAGGUGUACUAAAUUUAAGUAAUUGGCGCCCAAAGAAGAGAGGAAAAAAUGACGAGGAUCAUGGGAUACUAGUAUUAAAAUUACAUGAAAUUGACUUUGACAAGUUGCUAAAAAAUAUUCUUGAAAAAGAAAACAGUAAGUUUGCCAAAGAGAGAGGAAGUAUCGAAAAUUUGAAGUCAGAAUUCUACGAUCAACCCAAAGAAACAAAAGAAGACAUACAAUUAGUUAAAUCACAUAUUGAUCAACGUAGUAGUGAGGUUUUUGCAAGUUCUGGAUUUAAAAUACCCAACUCGAUAAAAAGUGAACAAGUAAAUCCCCUAAAAAACAGAUCCGAAUCCUUUCCUGAAACUACUGAUUUAAAUCUAGAAAAUGAACUGGGAACUAACAAGGAAAAUGAACUGGGAAAUAACAAGGAAAGCAUUCGCGAAACUGAAAGCAACUCACAAAAACCAUUGGAAACCGUUAACAAUAAAACAGAACAUCAAAACAAAAACGAAGGACCAAUAAUGGGUGUUGUUUCAGACCAAAAACAACAUGAAAAAGAUCAACAGCAAUCAAAUAUAACUAACGCAAAAGAAACUCUAAAAUCAAACUUGGAAGUUAACACUGAUAAAGAUGAUUACAACUUUCUUAUAAAGCAAAAAAAAACAUCUUUAAAGUUAUUUGAUGACGAAAAAAAGAUCAAAGAGCGUUCUGAAUCUGAUUUUAAUUCACAUGGAGUUAUUGAACUUAAAACAGCUCAACCUAUAAUUUCAAAUUCAUCAACUAUAUCAAAAACACCUUUAGCCAUAAAUAGCGCAGAUGUCAAAAUAAAUACCACAGAAAAAAAUGGAGGAGAUGCUACUAAAGUCACGUCUCUCAAGGAUCAUAAUAACAAAGAUGUACGUAGUAUGUUUGCAUCAUUACGGUUGUUACCAUCAUCAGCAUUAAGGUCAUUAUUAUCUUUUGAUCAUCUUAAGAAAAACGAAUCAAUUGGCGAUAAUGGAAAAAAAAAAUUUAUAAAAGCACUUUUAGCGAAUUUAACGAAAAGAGCAAGCCUUAGAACCAUAGACAAAAAUUUAUCACGUUUUUCUCCUUCAGUUAAUGCUAUAAUGUGGCCCCGAGUUACGAAUGGGCGUAACUACUCCUCUAAAAGGAAGAAAACAGUUCAAAAAACUAAAUUAAUAAAAAGUAAAGAUCAAAUGCAACAUAAAAGCAAUGUUUAUUCUAAAGCUAAAAAGUAUUUUUACGGCAAGUAUCUCAAGUCAAAAAAUAAGUUUCUUAUGCCACCAAGCAAACACCAAAGAUACUCUAUUGCUCGAAGAACACUUGAAGGUUUAAAACAUAAAAUAGGUACUUUAAAAUCGGAUACGUUGAAUGAAAUAAAGAAGAAAAUGAAUUAUUCAAACAUUACUGAUAUUGGUUCUCAGCAUUUUAAAACGAUAAACACUUUGAUUUCUGAGAAAAAUAAAAUUAACUUUUUGAUUGGAAGGAAAGAAGCAAGCUCUUUAAUCAAUAAGAAAGCUAUUAAAUAUUUAGAAAAAAAUCCUCAUUUAAAAGUAUUAGAGAACAACUUCAAUUCUUCUUAUAACAAAUAUAUUGAAAACGAUUCAGGAACAGAUAACGCAAGUGGCGAGAGCGUUAGCAGUGGUGGUACUAGUGGUGGUACUAGUGAAUCAGAGAAAAAUAGUUUAGAAGUAAGUGGAGAAGAUCAAGAACCACAAAUUUUAAAAGAUAAAAAACAAAAGAUAGACAAAUUAAAAUUUCUGAAAGAAUCAGUUAAUGAACUGCGUAAUUUAAGUUUAACAUUUAAAGGCAACCAACCAAGUAUUUCAUUUAGAGAUGAAAUUCCGCACCCUUUAAAUAAUAAAAAAGAUACUUUAUACUCUGUUCCUGCCAUAAGCGAACUAAAUCAUUUUGGAUAUCAAAGCUUUGGAGAACCGGAUUCCGUAGAGCAACAGUAUUUAGAUGUUGAAGGUUUAGAUGAAAAAGAAAAACACUUUGUGACAAACUUUCUAUUAGACGAAAAUGCGGAAGAAAAAAAGUAUAACGGAUAUCAAGAAAACAAAAUCUUUGCUUCUUCAAAUAAAGAACUGUCUUCUUUGAACCUUAACUCAAUUUCAAACUCCUCAAACAUUUCAAGUUUUUCUCCAAAAUUUGUUGAUGGAUUUUACGACAAUGGACAAUACGAUAAAGAUGUUUUGUAUCCUGAAAUCAAAUACAAUACUGGUUUAUACGGCGAUAAUAAAAUAGCAUUACUUCAAAAAAUCCGUAGAAAACAGAGGGAACGGCUUUUGUUUUUAGUGUUGCAAGAUAUGGUACGUAAAAAAAAAAUACAAAGAUUGAAAAAUUUAAAAGAGCGUCUUUUAACACUAAGACGCUUAGAACAAUCUCGACAAAAGCAGUUAAGCUCACCAACAAUGAGUUAUUCAUUUCAUGAGCCUAUGUCUUCUUUGACGAAUAACGACGAAACAGAAUCAGCUUUGUUGAGCAAUCGAUACGAUCGAAAAUACAAUAGUACACUUCAUAAUGAGUUUUCAAAAAAAAUGGAUUCAGAGGAUAUCAAUAUCACAAAGUCAGAGCAACAAGAUGAUUACUUGACUCCAGUAAUAGGUGAUGAGAUGAGUUCUAAUUCAACUCAGAGAGCUUUGUAUGAUCGAACAACAAUAGGGGGACAAACAAAGAACAUUCGCCAUCAACAAUCAAAAGAAAAAUAUGCAUCACGUAAAACUAUUCCGAAUGAAAGUUCAAAGUCUAAUAGAACUAUAAACAACGAGUAUUCAACAAUCGGAAGAAAACGUUUUCAUCUUAAAAAAAAAGAUAAAUGGUUUCCUACGGCAGAAAGAACAAUCGAAUUUAACUCGCCUAUCCGACAAUUAUUUUUAAAUAACAUGUAUCAUGAAUAUGACAUUGCAAAUAUGCGCCACGAAUCUGACACCAUAAAUCCGAGCCAUGAAUCAAUUGACAUGCUCACUGAAGACCAAACUCAGCAAAGAAAUUAUUAUCCAUUUACAAGUAAAAUCGGUUACGAUGGUGACGUUAGUAACGAAGAUGACGAUGAUAGUUAUGGACCUAAGAAUGAUUUAAGAAACAAUACACUUGCCCAUUUAUUUGUUAAAGGUCCAGAAAGUUUAGAGAAAAUCAAUUCUCAACAGGAAGAAAUAAACUACAAUCAGCAAAACAAUCAAAGAAAUUUAGAAAAUAGCUUUUUGAAUAAGAAAUAUUAUUUCAAAGAUAUAGAGAACAAUUCUUCUGAAAAUUUUACAAAAUCUAACUUAUCAGAAAUAUCGCUAAUAAAAAGUAUAAAGAAACAAAAUACUACACAAAUAAAAAACGAAUCUUUUUUAUUAGAUCGCGCUGAGUUUAUUGAAAACACAACUCAGUUCAAGUCAGAGAAAACUUUAUUUAGCGCUAUUCCAACCAUCGAUAAAACAAUAAGUUCUGAGUCUUUCACUGGUAUUCCAAAAAAACCGCCUAGUUAUUUAUUUGAAGUACUAAACCCGGCUAUAUCUACCCCAAUCACUUUCUAUAAACCUACAGCACCAUACUUACAAAGGACAGGUGUUAAGCGGCAAUUUCACGAACUUUCGUUUGAAAACCUACCCAAAAAAUCUCCUUUUAUAAAAUACAGUGAAAACCCAAUAUUAAACUCGUUACAUAUGCAUCGUAUUCAAAACAGUAGUCAUUCUUCUUUAAAUAAGACUUUUUUUAAUAAGCCUUCAAAUUUAAUAAAAGCAGAUGUUUACGGACCAUUUGAAGAUUCAGAUAGUAUGCCCCUUGAUAAGUAUUUGGAAAAAGAAAAUUCGCUAGGGAGAUAUUCUCAAGCCAGAUCUUCUCCUUUUUUUAAUGAUAACUAUGAUUUAAAAGAUAGUUCUCACUUGUUAGUGCAACCUAAAAAACCUAUAACAGUUAUGUCUGACCAAGCUAAUCGUUUCUACAGCUUAAAGCUAAAUGAACCUCACGAAUAUAUUCCGAAUUUUACUAAUGACUUUUACUCUUUUAGUUCAGAAAACCCAAGCAGAAGUCCAACACAUUCAACUUUUUAUUUGACAACAUCUAAAAUGAAGGUUGCAUUAUCAACUUCAAAACAGAAAUCAAAUUAUGUUAUAUUUCCAAGUCCAAAACCAUUUCUAAUUCGUCAUCAUGAAAUGAACAGUUUGAUUAAUGAACAAGGAACACAUCCUAGUCAGUUUGUCACUGGCCAACCAAAACACUCGACAAAAAGUCUUUAUUUUCCAACAAGACCCGUUUACAAGGUUGACCGUACUUCUUUUCAGUUGGAUGCAAACAAAUCGUUUGCAACUCAAAUCCAUGGAGAAUUUUCAAAUAAUGGAAAAUCUUUAAGCUCAUCAAACGACGCUGACGUUGACGUUAUGAGUAUGGAAGACAUGUAUUGGACUGAUUCCGUUGAGGAGAUAGAAAAUACCUGUAAACAAGAAAAAGGUACGAGUGUAGUUGUAAACAUACUCGCAUUUGGCGAUUCUCUUACACGAGGGUAUUACAACAAAGGAAAAAACCACCAUCCUUAUACUAUGAAACUGCAAUAUUUACUUAAUAGAUUAGAUAAAAAAAAGUGUUUUAUUGUGGAAAACGAAGGUCGCGAUGGAGAAAUUGCGUUUGGAGAAAUGCCUAAAAGAAUGGAACAAAUAUUUAACAACUCGAAAAAGAAAUUCGAUUGGGUAAUUAUUUUAGGUGGAACCAACGAUAUUUACAAUACAAAGCAUGCUGGACGUCAUUCUGCUACAGAGUUAACGCAAAACUUGUUAUCAAUCCAUAAUAUAGCUCUGCAUCAUAACUGCCGCACAGUUGUUGUAACUGUUCCUGAAGUAUUUUGUGAAUCCAUUGAAAUGUGUUCAGACAUGAAGCAGAUACGGGAAACCUUAAACGAAAAUUUACGCAACUACGCAUUUGAUCAUAAGGGUGAUGUAAUUCUUUGUGAUUUAGCAAACAUGUUAGGAAGAUAUAAAAACAAUCAAAAGUUAUUAGCCCAAUUUUUUGAGGGUGGUCUUCAUCUUAAGCCUCUUGGUUAUGAAACAAUGGCAAAAUUAAUAUUCGAGUCUUUAAAACCCUUUUUUGCUGUUUAAAAAAAAACAGUAUAAUAUAAUAAAGUAUAUAUAUAUAUAUAUUUUUACAUUACAAUUUUUCUUUUAUAACGAACUGUAAAUAUUUUUUAAAUAUAGUU